AUGGAUUAUCAGAAUCGCGCAGGUUCAAAAUUUGGAGGAGGCGGCGUCGCGUCAACCUCAGCAACCAACGCGGACCGACGAGAGAGACUUCGCAAACUGGCCCUCGAAACCAUCGACCUAGACAAGGACCCAUAUUUCUUCAAAAAUCAUGUCGGCUCCUUUGAAUGUCGCCUUUGCCUUACAGUUCAUCAAAACGAUGGAUCCUACCUUGCGCAUACUCAAGGCCGGAAACACCAGACCAAUCUGGCCCGGCGUGCUGCACGAGAGCAGAAGGAAGGAAGAGCGGGCACCGACCCUGUUACUGGUUUGCCUAUUGGAAUGGUAGGGGCACAGGUUAACGUGAGGAAGAACGUUGUGAAAAUUGGGAGACCUGGCUAUAAGAUUACGAAAAUUCGAGAUCCAGUUACGCGGCAGCAGGGCCUAUUAUUUCAGCUUCAAUAUCCCGAGAUAUCCGUUGAAGUACAACCAAAAGUGCGCUUCAUGAGUGCCUUUGAGCAAAAAGUGGACGAUCCUCCGGAUAAGAACUUCCAGUACAUGCUGAUCGCUGCGGAGCCAUAUGAGACCUGUGGAUUCAAGCUGCAAGCCAGGGAAGUAGAUCGUACGAAUGAUCGGUUUUGGACUUGGUGGGAUUCUGAUUUGAAGGAAUUUUGGGUGCAAGUGAUGUUCAAAACGGAGAGAGAAGAGCGAUACAGUGGUGUUCCGGGUUUGGCGCCAUCUGGGAUUCCCAGGCGAUGA